AGACCCUCUGUAAGGACAGUUGUGCGGCUGGAGAAAUGAAAGUGACCCGCACAUUCAAAGAGCAUGGAAAUCAGGAAUGAACAGGACUCUCAAGGAUUUGGAAUCAGUGAGUAAACAGAAGUUAUUGGUGACGAGCAUGUGAAGGCCGAGCGCUCCCAGAUCACUGGAAAGACGGAUCAGAGGAGACACAGGCCAUGAAAAUCUCCUGGAGGUUGAAGGACAUAGAGUGCAAGAAGAGGAAAGAGUUUUCACAACUGGAUUGAAUGCAAAAAAAAAUUGUGACUGUAACUAUAAGCAUAUCUGCAACCGAUUUCAGUGCCAACUGGAGCAAACGUUUGCACUGAUCUACUUUGAUGAUUACUGUACAUGCUUACUCUUUGAGCACAUGUAAAUCUAUUAAUUGCAUAUUUAUUUAGUAUUCACUGCAGGGGAAUUUGUACUAUUACAACCCAUAUUAUCUGUAAUUGACCUCAAACAAUACAAAUGUUUCUAAACUCGAUCCUUGUGGUCAUUACUGACCUGGCAGCUGGACUUCUGGGCAACACAUCAUUUCGACGUCAUUUCCACUUGCUGCUGUCGGCCUUGCUUUUGUUUGGGCCUCUCCUGAGUCUGUGGGUUUCCCAUUAUAGUGUCUUCGCCAAGAGGACUCACUUUCUGUACAGGGUUUUCCUGCGCUCAGGCUGGGGCUGGACCUGCAUCUUUGUUGGCUCUUUUGUCUUCGUUCUCUCGUUCUCAGUUCGCCGUUCGCUCACUCUUUCCCUGCGACACCUGUCUCGGUUAGCAGUGGCCGGUGGACUGUGGUUGGGCUUCCGCAAGCUGCUGUGCUUGCUGGAAAAUGCCACAGGGAGCUGCUACGAGCCCCUCAGUGCCGCUCUUGAAAUGACUUCUGGGACCAAUGGAGAAGGCCACCCUUUACUGCUCUUACGGGAAGCAGAAACAAAGGAGACAUGCGUCCGCUCUGGCAUGUUGUGGCGAGGCUACGAAGUAUCUGAAGAUGCCCUCCUGCUGUGUUUGUGCUGCCUGCUUCUGGCUGAGGAGACGGCAGUGUUUGGGCCCUACCUGAACCUGGGUGGACCCUCAGAAGCCCCGCUGCGCAUCCUCUUCCUGUUCUGCGUCCUGCUGUUGAGUCUCUGGGUGUUCCUGCUGCUCUGCUUGCUGGCUUAUUUCCCAGAAUUUCCUACUCAGCUUUUAGGAGGUGCUUUGGGUUGUUUGAGCUGGAGAGCCCUGUAUCAGGGCUGGUAUCGACUUGGACCUAGCUGGUACUGUCCUGGAAGACCAGGGGUGGGACUUUUGUCCACCCAGAGCAAACAGGAUGAGUUAUUAGAAACACAAACUAAUGCUAAAGAGAUCGACUGAAGUAUGUUUGAAAUCUUAACUGAACUCAAAUGAAUGUUGUGUAAGGCUGCAGUACAGCAGAACAUUUAGCCAAAUCUCUUGUCAAUAUCCAACGAAGGUAUAUUUGAUCAAUUACAUAUGAAAAAUUGCUGCUCUUGUGUUUCAUUCUCAAUUGCAUGCUGACUAAAUUCUGACAUUCACCAAUAUGAAAUUGUAGAAGCACAAAAAGUGAAUCUAGACCAGGGGUUCCCAAACUUUUCAAUUCGUGACCCGCAAAAUAACAAUGCCAGUGAUAUCGCAACAUCCAAUAUCCUCUGAUGUGGUUAUAAAUAUAUGAACCUUGCACAUGGGCCUAUUGAAAACAUAUCAAUAGGCCCAAGACAAUUCGUCAUUUAAAUUUAAAAAGCGCCACUCGGAGACCCUCCUACAUGUUUAGUUGUGGCCUGAAUUUAUUUUUGUGCAAUAUAUUUAUAAACUAAUUUCGAGAGUAUCAAUUGCUUAUGAUUGAUCGUGGCUGGUCUUGCAUCAUCUUCACAGAUGAAUAGUAACUUACCAUAAAUAACCAGUUUUUUCACUACAGUCAUCUUCGAAUCCCGCCUUCCACCCCUACUCAUUUCCCACUGUUGUCUCACAGCAAAAACGCCACUGGUUCGAGCCCCUACUAAUGCCAGUCUGCAUUUCUGUGCAGUUUGCAUGAUCUCUCCGGGUUCCUUCCACAGUCCAAAGACAUACAGUAUAAGUAAAUUGACUAAUCCAAAGUGGCAUCAUAAGUCAAGCUCUUAACCAGUUAUAUCUCUCAGCUAUUCCUAUUAUGUUCACAAGCUGGGGAUUCCUCGAGAUCUACAGGCGCUCAAACUACUAUCUCGCUCUUCAAACAGGAGGGAGCUCAGGGCUCUCUCCAGGGACAGCAUGCCAAACACCAGGGUUCAAUGCUAAGGAUUUUUUUUCUACUGGUCUGAUCAGGCCAGUGGUUCAGUUUUUUAAUUGCCCUGCCUAAAUUUUCACUGGCCCCACCAAAAAAAGGAGAAAAUAAAGCAAAAGUUAAUA